AUGAGCAAUUCCUCUCAGCUGACUCAAAAUGUUUCUCUCACCCAGAAGAUGGAGCUCCCGAAGGCCGUUUCUGACCAAUGGACAUGCCUAUCUGCCUUCCUCAACAUGCUGUCACUCAGCCUCUCCACAGCACCCCUGCUCAGCAGCUACUGGUCUGUGGGCAUACAGAAGGUGCCCCAGCCCCUGUGCGGGAAAGGUCUGCCAGCCAAGCGCGUUGAUGUGCCGGUGCCCUUGCAUGGGAGCAGCGCCGACGCAUCAUCCCAGCAGGUGGCGCAAUACAGCUGGGAGACUGGGGAUGACCGCUUCACCUUCCGUGCCUUCCGGAGUGGCGUGUGGCUCUCCUGUGAGGAAAUCGUGGGAGACCCAGCACUGCUCCAACUCCAGUCCCGGAAACAAUUUAGAGCCCUGCAGGCCAGUGGUACAGCAGGAGAAAAAGGGGAGAGGUGCCGAAGUUUCCUUGAACUCACACCACCAACCGAGAGAGAGAUCCUAUGCUUAUCACUGGGAGUCCAAUUCGUCUACCUCGGACUUGAACUCAUCAGCUUCCUCCUGCUACUGAUGGACUUGCUAUUCACGGGGAACCCCGGCUGUGGCCUCAAGCUCAGCACCUUCACCGCUAUCCUCUCCGUCUUGUCAGGGCUUCUGGGGAUGGCGGGCCGUGUGAUGUAUUCACAAGUCUUCCAAGCAACGGCCAACUUGGGUCCAGUAGACUGGAGGCCCCAUGCUUGGAAUCAUGGCUGGGCCUUUUACACGGCCUGGGUUUCCUUUACCUGCUGCAUGGCAUCAGCUGUCACCACCUUCAACACAUACAGCCGGCUGGCGCUGGAGUUCAAGUGCAAGCACAGUAAGAGCUUCAGAGGAGCCCCGCCGAGCUGCCUACUGCAUCACCACCUAUGUUUCCUUCAGGAGCUGGCGUACAGCCCACCCGAGGGGCCUUUGACCAGCUACCCCCAGUACCACCAUCAGCCCGUCCGCUCUGUCUCCGGAGGAGUGGACUUCUACUCAGAGCCACACAAGGAAUUUCAACACGGGACCAGCUGGGAGCCGCAGGAAGAGGCGGCCGGGUCAUCUGCAGAGGAAGAACAGUGUUAG